UUCCUAUACAUAUAACCGUCGCUCGGCCUUAGUUUCCGAGAUAUUUGCAAGAUACCAUUCCUACUACUACAAUGGAUAUUGCGUAUAGCAACGCGUCCGUGACAGCGUGUGUGUAACCGUUGAGUCCUCCAUUGUUUAGGCUCGGAAUACACGUCCGCGUCUGUGAGUCUGUAUGUGUUAGCUAUCAUUCGUCGAUCGGCUCGUGUUUUAAUCUGUUUCGAACUCAUUCAUACAUAUGAAGUAGCGCAUGAUUUUUAUUCGUACAGUAAAAAAAUGGGGUUCCGGGGGCUAGCCCCUGGUCGUGAGAGCAACAACGAGUACUGCAGCGCACCACGCAGCAUGAAGAUAGAGAUACAUCCACUGACAGACAAUCCUACAGCAGCUUGGCGUGAAUUGUCACAACAGCAGAAAGUCAUUAACAUAAAUGCUAAACUUCCAACAACCGAAGCUCCAAAUGAUAAGCUUCGUGUCGUUUGUAUGAGUGAUACUCAUUCUUUAACACCAUUCAUUAAGUUUGAUAUACCGAUGGGAGAUGUCUUUGUUCAUGCUGGAGAUUUUACAAAAUGUGGUAGUUUACAGGAAGUUAUAGAGUUUAAUAAUUGGAUUGGUAAUUUGCCACAUAAAUAUAAAAUUGUUAUUGCUGGUAAUCAUGAACUUAGUUUCGAUUCAACAUUUACUCAUCCCUUUUCCAUGCAAACCAGUGGCGAUCGUCAAAAGCACACAGGGACCAGUAUUUUGGACACAAUACCUACAUUAGGAAUGUCCAAAGAUACGUUGGCAGAAGCUAUACAAACCACUAAUGUUAAAGAUUAUUUGACAAAUUGUACUUAUUUAGAGGAUUCUGGAAUUACAAUACAUGGAAUAAAAAUCUAUGGUACUCCAUGGCAACCAGAAUUUUGUAAAUGGGCGUUUAAUGUACCUCGUGGAGAACCGUGCCUUUUAAAGUGGGAGAUGAUACCAUCGGAUACCGAUAUUCUUAUUACGCACACACCUCCUGUAGGUCACGGAGAUUUGUGCUGUAGCGGUGUACGAGCUGGAUGUGUAGAAUUAUUGUCCACGGUACAGAACCGAGUUCAACCAAAAUAUCAUGUUUUUGGUCAUAUACACGAAGAAGUAGUCACUUUAUCUGUAUACACAAAGCAGUUUCAAUCAUGUUAAUCAGUGGCAUACAUUGCAUACAAGGUGACUAUGUUGAUCUAGGGUAUUAGAAUCAUUGCAGCAUAGUUUCUAAUAAGUUGUUAUGUGAAUUUUUAAUAUUUGCGCAGUUUGUUUGAUUUAUUCAUUUUAUAAAAUAGACGUACACAAAAUAUUUUUUUUAUACAUUUGCUUGUAAAGAAAUAAUAAUAAAAUGACUUUUCUAGAAUAUAGUGUUCAAAGUGAAAAAUAAUAGAAACAUUACUGUCUGGAAAGAGUACAGAAAGAAUCACAACAAAACAGAAUCAGACACAGGAUCACUUUAGUGUUAUUGUACUUGAUAUAUAAAUAGAAAAGAGUAUGCAGCUAAAAUUUGGCGAAAUGUAAGUAGUAGAAACUUUCUGACACAAGGUUUCAACAAAUACUUUUUUAUAUAAUGGUAAAAGUACAUACAUAUAUAUGCUAAAAGAUACCAUAUAAUGGGGGCAGAA